GAGAGAGAGAGAGAGAGAGAGAGAGGAGACUAGCAGGGAGACACCGGUGACAAGGGGCAAUGGUGCGUGUCCGCUGCGCUCUGCUUGGUCGCCGUGACGUAGCGCGAAUGCAAGUGUGUGUCCAAGCCUCCAAGGCAAGGCCGUUACGUUGGGGGCGGCGACCUCACGUAAACUGCCAAUUGACGCCUGCCUAGUACCUACCUAGCAGCAGGCACCUGCCAGGAAGCUUCCUGCCCUGCUCUCCAGGUCGUCGCAUGGCAUGCAGUUGCAGGCCAUCUGGCAUUCUGGCGGCCUGUUUCAUUCUUUCCGUUGCAUUGCAUUGUUGACUUGACUUGAUAAUGGCUUUGGCUUGAAGAAAGAAAGGAAGGAAGGAAGGACGAAAGGAUCAUCUAUCCAUCCAUCCAUCCAUCUCCUGUACAGUACUGUAUAUACGCGUCAGUUACGCAUGCGUGCUCACAUGACACAUCCCUUGUGUUGAACCAGCUAGCUGUAAUGUACUGUACGCGUCAGUCUAGCUUGUUGUUGACAUUGGACAUGGAUGAUGAGAUGAUCCAAUUUUCAUUCCCAUCCAUGGCAUGGUAUAGUAAGCAGCAACAACCUGGUCCAGGACAGAUUAAAGAUAACUACCCAUCAUCAUCAAUAAAAAAAGAGACCGUGAACCGUGUGUCUAGUGCGUAGCGUAGGCACCAGGCAGCAGGGGGCGCCCCGCCCACAGAGAGACACAGAAACCUGGGUGCCUUGCUUGAAGAGAAAGAUGAAACGGUUUGUCAAUUUCAACAAUCACAAGCAGUCUCGAAUUAUAGUAGAUUAAAAGCUGCUUUCUCUUGUGUCUUCUCUCGUCCUGUUGCUAUUUCCAACCUCUGCCUCUCUCGUCCCUUUCCUCUGCCUCUUCUUCACAUUCUUCACAUCUCUCUCUCUCUCUCUCUCUCUCUCUCUCAACCCAAAUCCGCCUCCCUCCUCUCUCUCUCUCUCUCUCUCUCUCUCUCUCUCUUCUGGCGCUCGGGAUGUUCAUGUCCUGACCACGCCGCUCUACGCACUUCUUCAAGGUCUCUGACAAUUGGUUUCAAGGCGAUUAGGAAGACAGUCUUGGAGCAUGUAUAGGGCCAAGAGAGCUGCUUCACUUAAAGUGAAGCGCUGCGUUGGCAACUAUGAGCUUGGCCGCACAAUUGGGGAAGGAACAUUUGCAAAGGUCCGGAUUGCAAAGAACAUGGAAACUGGGGAUCAUGUAGCUAUCAAGAUCAUUGGCAAAGCAAAGGUUCAGAAGCACAAAUUGGUUGAACAGAUUAAGCGGGAAAUUUGCACGAUGAAAUUAAUACAGCAUCCCAAUGUUGUCCGACUGUAUGAGGUGAUGGGAAGUAAAACGAGGAUUUACAUUGUUCUGGAAUUUGUUAUGGGCGGAGAGCUCCAUGAUAUCGUAGCCACAAGUGGAAGAUUGAAGGAGGAUGAAGCACGCAGAUACUUUCAGCAGCUGAUAAAUGCAGUAGAUUAUUGCCAUAGUAGGGGUGUAUACCACAGAGACUUGAAGCUAGAGAACCUGUUGCUUGAUAUUGCUGGAAACCUCAAAAUUUCAGAUUUUGGGUUAAGUGCUAUAUCUGACCAAGUGAAGAACGAUGGACUACUGCAUACUACAUGUGGAACACCUAACUAUGUUGCUCCAGAGGUUAUUGAUGACAAAGGCUAUGAUGGUGCCCUUGCAGACCUUUGGUCUUGUGGGGUAAUCCUGUUUGUGCUGCUUGCAGGACAUCUGCCUUUCGAGGAUGACAACAUUGCAUCCCUUUAUAAAAAGAUCUCAGGAGCUCAGUUUACAUGUCCUUCUUGGUUUUCUGCUGGAGCCAAGAGGCUGGUCACCAGAAUUCUGGAUCCUAAUCCUUCAACUCGGAUUACGGUUCCUCAAGUACAAAAGGAUCCAUGGUUCAAAAAGGGCUACAAGCCACCUGUUUUCGAUGAGAAAUUUCAAGCUACUCUAGAUGAUGUUCAUGCUGCUUUUGGAGACUCAGAGGAACUUCUUGUGACAGAGGAAAUGGAAGGGCAACCAACCUCGAUGAAUGCAUUUGAAUUGAUUUCAAUGAACAAGGGGCUGAAUCUGGAGAAUUUCUUUGAAUCUGAUAAGAAGUACAAGCGAGAAACAAGAUUUGCAUCGGAAUGUCCUCCGAAAGAAAUCAUCAAUAGAAUAGAAGAAGCUGCUAAGCCACUUGGGUUCGAUAUCCAAAAGAAAAACUACAAGAUGCUAAUGGAGAACCCAAAAGCAGGAAGAAAAGGAAAUCUAAAUGUCGCCACUGAGGUUUUCCAAGUGGCUCCAUCCCUGCAUGUGGUUGAGCUGAAGAAGGCAAAGGGAGAUACACUGGAGUUUCAAAAUUUCUACAGAACUCUGUCCACGGAGCUGAAGGACGUCGUUUGGGUAUGCGAUGAUCAAGGCAAAGACGGAGCCUCCACGCCAUGAAGCGGUUGCAGACGUUCAAGCUUACAGAACUUAGUGGGGGGCAAAAUGAGAAACUUAUUUUCCUUGUACAUAGCUCCCCUUGUUACAAAGGAGAAGUUUGAUGCGUAAUGUACAUAUAGGCUUCGACUGCAAAGGCAGCUUAAGGUUUUGGAUGAAUGAAGAGGUAGAUGAAGCGUAGAUCAGAAGGUUGGUUGUUCUUGUAGUGAAACACUGACAUGGUAUUCAGCUAUUCACAUUCAUUUGUUCAAUUUUCUCCGAAACUUUCUGGGAUGAUGGAGAUGAAUGUUUGUUAACUUGCGGAAGUUCAAACAGAAAUAGACCGUCGUCAUAUCUCAAUAAAGUUUGCUUACAAGAA